CUGACAGGAGAGGGAAACUUCAACUGGCGGUUCGUGUUCCCCUUUGACUACCUGGUGGCAGAGGAGAAGAUCGUCAUCUCCCGGAAAGAGACGCUGUUUUCCUGGGACGAGACAGAGUCCAAGAUCCCGGCGCGCCUCAACCUGCAGGUCUGGGACGCUGACCACUUCUCUGCCGACGACUUCCUGGGGCAAAGUGGAGGCGGAGCUACACCUCAUGUCCGUGGAGGAGGCGGAGAAACAUCCAGCAGGUCUGGGCAGAUCGGAGCCGGACCCUCUGGAGAAACCCAACCGUCCGGACUCCUCGUUCAUGUGGUUCAUGAACCCGUUCAAGUCCCUGCGCUACAUCCUGUGGCACAACUACAAGUGGGUCAUCAUUAAGAUCCUCAUCAUCGCCCUCCUCACCGCCAUGAUCGUCCUCUUCUUCUACGCCAUGCCGGGGUACACCGUCAAGAAAAUCUUCAACGUAUAGAAAACGGACGGACCUGUUUAUGAUUGCUGGGGUCUCAAGAAAAACUUCAACGUCUAGAGCACGGACCUGGCUAUAUAUAUUUUGGGGGACACGAAAAUCUUCAACGUCUAGAAAACAGACGUCCUGUCUCUGUUUGUUGGGGGCAACAAAAAAACUUCAACACCUAGAAAACAGACAUCUUGGGGCGACAAGAAAAUCUUCAACAUCUAGAAAACAACGACAUUGACCUGGCUAUAUUUGUUUGGGAAGAAAAUCAUCAACGUCUGGAGAACGUACUUGUCUGUGUUUACUGGGGCAACAAGAAAAAUAUUCAACGUCUAGAAAACACACGCCCUAGUAAAAACAAAUACAAAACUCAAGUGUAUUCUAUCCUCCUUCUGUCUUACUUUGAAAGAGAUCACAGAGUCUUAAGACUUGGGGGGGGGGGGGGUUCUUUCAUCUACCCAAUGAAGAGUCUUAUCUUCGGCGGACCAAGUUAAGUACUCAAAGAUUCAAGACCGAUAA